AUGAAAGGCCAGAGGGCAGAAGUGGUUCCACAGUGGAGCGUCCAUACAGACAAAUCUUCAAAUAAGCAAGCAAGAGGGGCUGGUGUAGUACUCCACACCCCGGAAGGAGAUAAGAUUAAGUGCAUGAUCCGCCUGGACUUUCCUACGACCAAUAAUGAAGCAGAAUUCGAGGCUUUAGUGGCAAGAUUGGACCUCGCAAAAGCAGCAGGAGCUGAAAACAUGGUUGCAUACAGCGACUCCCAAGUCGUAACCAGUCAGAUUAAUGGCAACUACGAAUGCAAGAACGAAAGGAUGAAGAAGUACCUUAAGGAGAUCAUCAAGACUCGGCUUGAAGGGGCAAAGGGCAUAUGGCCAGACGAACUACCAAGUGUUUUAUGGGCAUACCGAACAACAGCAAGGACACUUACGGGGGAGACACCAUUUCGACUAGCAUACGGAAGCGAGAUAGUCAUCCCAGCAGAAGUAGGGCUCACUAGCUACCAAGUGGAGAACUAUGAUGAGAACAAGAAUGAUGAAGCUAUACGCCUACAGCUUGACCUGGUAGACGAGGUCUGGGCAACAGCUGAGCAAAGGUUGACACGAUACCAGAACCUCAUGGUGAGACACUACAACUCCAAAGUCAGACACAGAGACUUCCAGGUCAGAGACCUUGUUUUGAGGAAGGUAAUGGGUGCCGCAAAAAAUCCUACCCAAGGAAAGCUUAGCCCCAAUUGGGAUGGACCUUACAGAGUUACAUCAUGGCAAAAGAAAGGCACCUAUCACCUUGAGACGCUAGAUGGGCGGGAAUUGCAACAUCCAUGGAACGCUAAGCACCUACGGAAGUACUAUCAGUAA